GUAGUCUAGAAUUAUAUUCUGCGAGCGCAAUCCCAGCGGCGGUGGAUGAGAUGUCCUGCGAUUUUGCUAGACCAGCAGCAUCUCCACUAUUUCAUUUGCACAGCUCCCGUGGACCGAGAAGAACAUCGCACGAACUACAUCCUUCUUCUUAAAGUCCUAAUCCUCUGCUAUUUCAGUACCCAAGAAAUUGGGGAGAGGAUAGGAUCUUCAUCCAUUCCGUGGCGCAGGAUCUCACAUUCCCACGAAUCCCCAGAUGCCUACAUUGCUGGAGCCCAGGGGCGAGAGUCCGACUUCAAUCUAGAAAGCCUCCGGUCGGUCUGCAAUGAUUAUGUACUAUCUAGAGUAGAACACGGUUCCAGCAAACAGACAUAGAAACUCCACCGUCGGACAGUCGGACUUAACAGCAUCAAAGUCCGUUCAACUCUAUUUGUCAGCUGGAAGUGUCGAUCUCCGAAGGCUAUUACUUAGGCUUUCGAUGACGGACCUUACGUCGGUAAAUGCGGAACCUUAGGUCAGAAGAGUAAAAGCGAGCUCUAUAUAAGAGAAGCUGAUGAUCUUCUGGUUACUGACCUCCUCAUUCCUCCACUGCCAUCUUUCAAAGAUCAUCUAACCUCGA